GCACAUGCUGGGUGCAGGGAGCUCCCCUCCACUCGCCGUGGGUCGAUGGAUGGGUUUUGGUGCCUGACCCUCGCCUUCGUCCUUCAGCAAGCAACGCGCAGCACCCGCGGCACGGAGCUGAUCGGCGCCGUGGGCAGCUCCAUCACCUUCCACCUCCAGAGCCCGGCGGGGGAAGCUGCCGCCUGGAGCUUCCACGGCGACGUGGUGGUGACCGUGCGCUUCGGGGACCCUCCGGAGGCCACCUUCUUCGACGACAGCUUCAAGCCCCGCUUGGCCUUCCCCGGCAACGGCAGCGCGCUCAGCAUCUCCCGGCUGAGCCUGGAGGACGCGGGCACCUACACGGCGAAGAGCGCGGGCACCAAAACCGCCUUCACUUUGCGCGUUUACGGGGUGCUGGAAGAGCCCACGGUGACCUGCACCGGGCAGAACUGCUCCGCCGGGGUCUGCCGCUACGCCCUGCUCUGCGCCGCCAACGGCGCCGGCGCUGGCGACGUCUCCUACGCCUGGAGCAUGGGGAGCACGUGGAGCGCCGGGGCCGCGGUGCUGGUGGAGGAAUCCCCCGUCGAGGAGCCGCUCCUCACGUGCACGGCUCAAAACCCCGUCAGCAGCCGCAACAUCACCGUCGGCUCGGCCGCGGCCCUCUGCGCGGGCACCCACUCCAGCAGGAGGGCUGUGAUUGCGGCCGCAGCGGUGGUCGGAUCCGGAGCGCUUUUAGCAUCCGUUAUCCUCGUGCUCUGCUGUAAACCCAAAGGCUGGAGGAUCUUCCAUCUGCCUGCAGAUGAGGCUGUGAACACAGAGGCCAGAGCAGAGUACACCACGGUGUAUGCCCAGGUCGGCCCCUUCCAGCAGGUCUACCUGCAAGAGGGCUCCAUGACGACACCGACCCCCGGCGCUGAGACCUCCAAACCCACCCCUCCCACGGCGCCGGCUACAGCCCAGGUGAGCCGUGGCUCGUGGCCAUCUCCCCUAAAGGGGCUCCAGCCCCAAGCAAGGAGAUGGGGAAGACCCCAGGGAGAGAGAUGUAACCCCUGGACCCACAGGCAGGAGCAGAUGGGUCCUCACUGGGCUUUCCUGGGCUCCAGAGCAUCAAACCAAGCCCAUGGGUCCCCUCUCUCUUGCCAAUGGAGGGAUUGGGUUCCGUGAGCCCAAGCAAAGCUUUUGUCCCUUUGUGGUUGCAGACGGAUGAUGAGAAGAUGGGUAAGGGCCUGCCAGGCUGCUGGGGGCAGGAGGAGAAAACCCUCUACGCGUUGGUC